GUGAAAAGGACAUUCAUCGUCAGAAGGUUUCAAAGCUCUUGCCUUUAACCAAUCUACGUUCUAGGGCUUUUGCCGCCUUUCUUUAGGAACCCUAGAAUCUUCUUACUUGUAUUAGUUCUAAUCCACUUUGAAUCUACAAACAAUAAUCCCUUCUCCAAUGUCUACAUUUGGUGCUGCCCCCGCUGCGAACACGAAUCCUAACAAGUCCACCGAGGUGGCACAGCCUCCAGGUGAUUCUGUAUCAAGUCUUUGUUUCAGUCCUAAGGCAAAUUUUCUCGUUGCUAGCUCUUGGGAUAAUCAGGUGCGAUGUUGGGAGAUAACGAAGACAGGGAACACACUUGGAAGCGUGCCUAAGGCAUCAAUAUCACAUGAUCAACCGGUACUCUGCUCAACUUGGAAGGAUGAUGGAACUACUGUUUUCUCAGGAGGAUGUGAUAAACAAGUUAAAAUGUGGCCCCUUCUUUCUGGAGGACAACCGGUAACAGUGGCCAUGCAUGAUGCACCUGUUAAAGAAGUUGCUUGGAUCCCAGAAAUGAGCAUGUUAGUUACCGGAAGUUUUGAUAAAACUGUCAAGUAUUGGGAUUUGAGACAAUCAACUCCAGUUCAUACCCAGCAACUUCCAGAACGCUGCUAUACUCUUUCUGUGAGGCACCCACUCAUGGUUGUUGGCACUGCAGAUAGGAACAUCAUUGUUUUCAAUUUGCAGAAUCCUCAGACUGAAUUUAAGAGAAUUGUUUCGCCCCUGAAGUAUCAGACUAGGUGUGUUGCUGCAUUUCCUGAUCAGCAAGGCUUCCUGGUUGGUUCCAUUGAAGGAAGAGUGGGUGUACAUCAUCUCGAUGAUGCACAACAAAGUAAAAACUUUACUUUCAAAUGCCACAGAGAGGGGAGUGAUAUCUAUGCUGUCAAUGCGUUGAACUUCCACCCUGUUCAUCAAACAUUUGCAACUGCUGGAUCUGAUGGUGCAUUUAACUUUUGGGACAAAGACAGCAAACAGAGACUUAAGGCUAUGGCGAGGUGCAGUCAACCUAUUACAUCCAGUGCUUUCAACAAUGAUGGUUCAAUAUACGCCUACUCGGUUUGUUAUGAUUGGAGUAAGGGUGCAGAAAAACAUAAUCCCUCAACUUCAAAGACAUCUAUUUUCCUACACUUACCUCAGGAUGCUGAGGUGAAACCAAAGCCCAAGAGUGGAGUCAGUGGUAGAAGAUAACUUGGACAUUUUUUUGGUUGUUAAUACAACAGAUGACAUUGAUAUUCCUUGUUUCAUUUUUUGUUUUCGAAUUUUCUUAGGGAUACAUUCUAUAUAGUAUUAAUUAGAAAGAAAAAGAAAUCAGUCUUGACCUGUGAUGGUUUCUCUUUCAGACAUAUCCGAAGAUCUGAUUUUAGGUGGUGUUUUCAUUGAUCUUUUGGCUUCUUCAGAGAACCUCGAUUUUUAUUCAGAUUUAUUGCGAUUUUGUUGUGGGAUUUUGGAUACAUCUUCUUAGCCAUCAAAACCGAGAAAAUUAUCAUUGGUUCAUAGAUAGUUGCUGCAUGGGUUGCAGUAUUGUUUGUUUCAAGCAUUAUGUUGUUAUUGUUCAAUUUGUAUUAUUUUGGAUGUCACAUGGGUUUAUAAUUCAUCUGUCUAGUCAGAUACAUUAUCAAUUAGUUCCAUUAAUGAA